GUACAGCACAUUUUCUGGUCGUUUCUUAGUAACCAGAAGUGAGGCGUCUGGAUUUAAGCACUGCUGAGCCCCCGCCAGGCUGAACACAGCGAUCCCAGACUCAUUGGUUUAUGAGAGAAGACGUAACAGAGAGGUCAGAUUAUCCUGACACGCUUCAGUAUUUCACAAGUUGUGCUGGGGUGGCAUUCCAGUUCAUGUAAAUGUUGCUGUCAUUUUCAAGCAGCGCUAAAACAAAUGUGAGCAGCUUAGUCCGUACAUGACAAAGCAACUCCUGUGUUUGGUCUGUCGCCAUGGUAAACCCUCUGCCCUUCUUCUCCACUUGUUAAUGUUACACCAAGGACAUAUUUACGAAGCUUUUCCUGCGCAUUUGAAGGAGAGCACCAAGACACACUCUCAGUAAUGAGCUUUGAUCGCAGAUGCAGAUAGGGGCCUGCUCAGAGCGUGCACGCACGGCCCAGAUUUGAGGAAUUGAUAGAGUCCAUUGUUUCCUGGGAGCUUGCCACUUUUUGCCUUCUAAUGUGAUUAAGGCCAGAGUUCUGCUGCUGUCCAGCCACCCACCACCCGAUCUGUGGUGUCUGACAGCCGUCCUUCUGUCCAGCUGGUCUUCAUUUCUGAUAUUAGUUUAAAGGUUUGGAUUGUUGUUUGUGACAAAUUAACAUGAAGUUAGUUCAAAUUAUGUUUCAAUAGUAGUUAUAGAAACUGAUUUUAUAUUUUUUGUGAAACAGUCCUGUUUGAAAAAGCUGCUUUGACUAAGUUAGUUUAUAAUUAACAGCUGUGGGCUGCACUUUUCUUUCUUUUUCCUUUUUACCUCCCACGGAGAGAAACUCCUCUGCUCCUGUCUGCAAGGUGAACUACAAGCUGCAAGGCUUGUUGUUUAUACUUAGAGAAGUAAAAUGACGGGUCUAUAAAUCUAGAGCAUUUUGAAAAUGUCGCCUGCCGGAAAGAAAGGUACUCUGGAACAUCGUUGGGGGAACAAACCUUCCAGAAAUAUUGGAUUUGUGCGUCCUCUGAGGCCUCCAGUUCAACCCAGGUUCCCUGUUGUCUGUCCGGAGUCUGUGCUCCACAGGCCGCAUAAGGAACCCAUGUACGUGACUUUUGUCAGCAAAGCCGUGCUGUGGGACAGAGAGCUCCACCACACCUCUGUCCGGGAUGGCUCUCUUAGGCGUCCCACUGUGUGUCCACGGUUCCUGUCCCACAUGAAGGUUCCUGCUGGAGAAGACCUUCACACUUUGCGUUUUCUGAACUCCAUCUCCAUGCAGCAGCUUCCAUCCGAGGAGGAGAUGUUUCACCUCGCGUCCACAAAGACCCAAAGUCCUGAAGGGCUCUUCUAUACCAAAGAUGGCAGAGAGCAGAAGGCUACAGGCAGUCCUUUUCUGCCUGAAGGAAGGCGUUCUGCUGCCGGCCUCUGUGUCCAAAUUCCCACUACUCCACCUCCAUCCCGCUUUCGUUCAACUCCUCCCCAAAAAAGUACACCUCCUCCUGACUCUGGCAACUCCGUUCCAACUCCUGUUUCCUCCCACCUUCCUUGCACCUGUUCUCCACGGAGAACGGAUGAAUCGCUGAACGAGAAGGAGGAGGUUCUACAGCCCGCCCCGGUGAAACUGGACUCUGAGCUCAGCUUGGGACCUGCAGGACUGUCACCGUCCUCCCUCUCACAGGGGUCUUUCUCACUGUCAAGCCGUCCACUCUCCAGCUUGUUCAGCUGCAGCACUGACCUCUGCAGCAGCAGACACAGCCGUCUGAGUGGAAACACUGCCGAUUUCACGGAUUCAGAUCCAGAAGACGCCUUUAGCUUCUCUUCAGAUCAGCUGGUGAAGCAAGUUUCUCUGGCCUCUGAUCCUCUAACGGGAUCGAGCCGUCAUCUGUCCUGUCACAGCCUCUCAGCCGCCUCCACUCCUCUCGCUGAGUCUGUUUAUCACCCAGAACCACCCUCCCCGGUCUCAAGGCAGGGGAUCGAUUCUGCUGUGGACGAACCUCAAACGAGCUGCAGGAGCUUUGGAAAAGCAGAUGUCGACCCAGAAACACCUGUAGAAGCUUCCCCUGGAACCUGUGCAACCCCUUCUUCCACCGCUCCCUGCCUUAGUCCAGAGAGGACCACUCCCUAUUCCAGACUAGAGAUGACCUUUUCUCCUUCAGGAUCUCGUCUGGGGUCCCACCGCUGGCCCGUCCUGCCCCCCAUCAGAGGACAUUCAUCAUCGUCCUCCUCAUCCUCAUCUCAUUGCUCUGGGUUGAGCUGCAGCCUGUCCCACAUUUUUGAUGACCUGGAGGCCAUUGCUCCUCCGUCCCCGUCCUGUCUUUCUCUGGAUGAGCCUUCAGACUCCUCUCGGUCUCCUUCACCCAACACAGAACUGUCCCCGGGCCUCGCAGCACUCACAGUGGGUUGUGACUCCGGAGAUUUGGGUUCUCUUUCCCGGGUGCAGCUCCUCCUCCUGGACCGACCAAUACCAGACACUCAUCUGAACCCGUCUGAGUUGGAGGAGGGGUUUUCCCCUUUGCCAGAUUGGUGUGAUCCAAUAGUGCCGUACGAUUACACAGGUGACUGGAGGCCCCUCACAGCUGGCAGCAUCUCUGAAAGGUCCUACUCGGCGGCGCGGGGAGACAUAUCGGAUUGGUCUGCGAGUCCUUUGGGGUCACCAUCCUCAUGGAUCAUAGAACCACCGUUGGACAUGCUCAGAUCUUCUGAUUCUCCUUUGCAGCCUGAAAACGAUGAGGGAAAUCCCGCUGAGGAGGAGCCCAAUUAUCAAGGAAAAGAGGACCGGGAUCUGUUCUCGGGCGGAGAGCAAAGGAGGCCCAAGAGUCCUGAAGGCAGAGCUGGACAGAGAGACCGGCAGAUGGAGGAGAGGGAAACAAAGGCGUGGAGCAUGCUCUCAAAACUGCAGGAAAACACGCCUCAGCAGAGCAGCAGUAGCAGAAGCCGCUCCAACUUUGAGGACUUCGACUUUUUGGCAAAGUACUGCAUUUUCAGCCAGGAGAAGCUGGCUGAGUACAAAAGAGCUUUUGAAGCAGAGGACAGCAGUGGCGACGGUUACAUUUCCUGUCUUCAGGUUCUUCUGGCUCUCAAGACUAUUAUUCCUGAAGAGCAUCUGUCUGAAGAAGAAGAGAUCUACGUGUACAGGAUCUUGGAGAUGGUGGACUUCAAAGUGACAGAUGGACUGGUGGAUCUGCGGCUGUUUGCCGUGAUUGCAAGCCUGGCGCAGAAAAUAGCCUCCAUGGACGAGUUUAUGCGAUCUCUGAUUAGCAACAUGGACUUCCGCUCUCUUGAAGUGAGGCUCUUCAAAGCGAAGCAACUGUUCCUGUUCCUCCUGGAGGAGCAGCAGGUGGACGCGGGGCUUCAGCAGGGUUUCAUCAGUGGCGAGCAGCUGCUGCUGGAGCUGAAGGCUGGGGGGAUCCAUCUUGAGCAGGAGGCGGUCGUCCGGCUGGAGCUGCAGAACAUCCCCCCCCUCGACCUGCUGGACUUCCUGGCCUACCUGCCGCUCUUCAUGCUCAUUCAUAAAUCCGUCAUCUCCAACCCGCUCAACGAGUCCAGCCACUUUUAGGCUUUUAUCUUUCCUUUCAGUCUUUCGAUUUCUUUCAAUUGUCUUAUUUUUAAAGUUAUUAAUGUUGAUAAAUGCUUCACUAUAGACGCAUUGACAACAUCUCACUAACCUGAAAUCUAUGUGAGAAGAUCAAUAAACAUUAGAUUAUAAAGGCUAACAAACCAAACCAGCAAUUAUUGAACCAAAGUUUUCUGUUUUCCAUCUUGUUUUUAUGAAAAAGUUGCUCUCAUUAUUAACUCUUUCAAGGCACCAAUUUCCUUCAGAAUUGGAUUUCUGUGGAUUUGACAGUUAUUCCUGAUAAUGUUCUUGGAAGCAGGUUUCCAUGACGCCUUAACUAUUCACCACAAUAAAGAGGUCUUAUCAGCAGAAAUGCAGCUGCUCAAUGUUUGUGCUUUGUUUACAGCAGCUUAUGUUCAACAACGUCCAGCUCUGCUCAACCCAAAUCAAUAAAAGAAGAGCAGAUUGAAGAAAUCAGAGUACAUCUUGAACAAUAUUUUUACAACAGACAGGAUUUGUAUAAAAUCUUUUUGAUUUUUUUCUCUCACCUUUUCGUACAGCCGGACUCACCUGGUCUGGUCUCUGAAGCUAAACUGGCUCAGACCUGCUUAGUCUUUGAAUGGGAGAUCACCUGGGAUUACCAGGUCCUAUGAGCUGCUAUUACCACACGGAGGCUUUCAUGUGCCAGUCCCAUUGGCUGUAAAUCAGAACUGGACUGAGUGACCCCUCCCCAUGGCGUUCCAAACAGGAAGUACUUGCUGGUUCCAGUAAGCCAAUACCCAAGAACCAUUCUUGCUCUGAUACCUUUUUUAAACAUGUUGUUUUCAUAUUUGUUUCUGUUGUUCAAACUAUUUAAGCUCCAAAGUGACCAAUCAGAUGUCCUAAUUAAAGUGGGUGGAGCCUGCUGGCCCCCACAUGUAGCCUGCUUUCAAGUGGCAGGGAUGUGGACUUCCAACUUCCCAAUUGGCGUGAGUGGUUGCAAUAGGAACAAUGUUUUGGACUGACUUGGACCAUUCCUGGUCCCGGACCAGGACCCGCUGGGGUCUACUCAGACUGAAAAUCUGUUCUGGAUUAUUGGCAGAAAUUAAAUCUGUUUCCCUUUCAGUGAACCUAAGUGUGUCCAGUCUGAAAACACGCUAAAUCACAUCUUUGAAUUGUGUUUCUGUAACGGUUUGUUUCCACAUUUUCCAUUGUUUUUUUUGUGAUGAAACACUUCCUGAUGUCACAAAAGCAACUUUUUCUCAGAGAAGAAACCUGUCAGCUUGGUCUGAGGAAAUCUUUUGAUUUAAAAAAAUUUGACAUAU